GCCGAGCGGAGCCGAGCGCAGCCGAGCCGGGCCGAGCCGGGCCGGGCCGGGCCCAGGAGCGCGCGGGCGAUGCGGGCGGCCAGGCGGGGGUUGGCGGACCCCUGAACCCCUCGCCCCCGGGCCAGCGAAGGAGCCGCGCGGCGGCAAGCGCCCGAGGCGGCCAGCCCGCCAUGGCCGGGGUCAGCUACGCGGCGCCCUGGUGGGUGAACCUCCUGCACCGGCUACCGCACUUCGACCUGCGCUGGGAGACCACCAGCAGCCAGUUCCGACCCGAGGACACCGACUACCAGCAGGCGCUGCUGCUGCUGGGGGCCACCGCGCUGGCCUGCCUCGCCCUGGACCUCCUCUUCCUGCUCUUCUACUCCUUCUGGCUGUGCUGCCGGCGGCGCAAGAGCGAGGAGCACCUGGAUGCCGACUGCUGCUGCACCGCCUGGUGCGUGAUCAUCGCCACGCUGGUCUGCAGCGCCGGCAUCGCCGUGGGGUUCUAUGGCAACGGGGAGACCAGUGACGGCAUCCAUCGGGCCACCUACUCGCUCCGCCACGCCAACCGCACAGUGGCAGGGGUCCAGGACCGCGUGUGGGACACGGCGGCCGCCCUGAACCGCUCGGCGGAGCCCAGUCUGCAGAGCCUGGAGCGGCAGCUGGCGGCACGGCCGGAGCCCCUGCGUGCAGUGCAGCGGCUGCGGGGCCUUCUGGGGACGCUGCUGGGCUACACAGCGGCCAUCCCGUUCUGGAGGAACCCCGCCGUGUCGCUCGAGGUGCUGGCGGAGCAGGUGGACCUCUACGACUGGUACAGGUGGCUGGGCUACCUCGGCCUACUGCUGCUCGAAGUGGCCAUCUGUCUGCUGGUGCUUGUGGGCCUCAUCCGCAGCUCCAAGGGCAUUCUGGUUGGGGUCUGCCUCCUGGGGGUGCUGGCCCUGGUCAUCAGCUGGGGCUCACUGGGCUUGGAGCUGGCCGUGUCUGUGGGCUCAAGUGACUUCUGUGUGGACCCCGACACCUAUGUGACCAGGAUGGUGGAGGAGCACUCGGUGCUGAGUGGGGACAUUCUGCAGUACUACCUGGCCUGCUCGGCCCGGGCCACCAACCCCUUCCAGCAGAAGCUGUCUGGCAGCCACAAGGCGCUGGUGGAGAUGCAGGACCUGGUGGCUGAGCUUCUGAAGACCGUCCCCCGGGAGUACCCGGCCACCAAGGACCCCUUGCUCCGUGUCCAGGAGGUACUGAACAGCACAGAGGUGAACCUACAGCACCUCACCGCCCUGGUGGACUGCCGCAGCCUGCAUCUGGACUAUGUACAGGCCCUGACGGGCUUCUGCUAUGACGGCGUGGAGGGCCUCGUCUACCUGGCGCUCUUCUCCCUCGUCACGGCUCUCAUGUUCAGCUCUAUCGUCUGCAGCGUCCCCCACACCUGGCAGCAGAAAAGGGGCCCGGACGAGGAUGGGGAGGAGGAGGCGGCCCCCGGGCCGAGGCAGACGCACGACAGCCUGUAUCGCGUGCACAUGCCCAGCCUGUACAGCUGCGGGAGCAGCUACGGCAGCGAGACCAGCCUCCCAGCUGCGGCGCACACCGUCAGCAACGCCCCCGUCACCGAGUACAUGAGCCAGAAUGCCAACUUCCAGAAUCCCCGCUGUGAGAACACCCCCCUCAUCGGGCGCGAGUCCCCCCCGCCCUCAUACACCUCCAGCAUGAGAGCCAAAUACCUCGCCACCAGCCAGCCUCGCCCUGACUCCAGCGGCAGCGGCCACUAGACAGCCCCGGCCGGCCCGCCGCACACGUGCCAAUCGCCUGCUCCUCCCCGUGCCAGCACUGCUGCGUCCACCCGCCGGACCCGCCAGACCCGCCGCACGGCCGCUCGCCCCUCCCCUCCCCUUCCCGCAGGGGCGCAGAGACACACCUGGACGCAGGAGCGGCGCCACCGACACGGGGCCCUCCAGCCCCGCCCCCAUGCCCCUCUGCCUCUGAGGAGGGGGUUUCACGGAGCCCGGCUCUGGGCCGGCCUCGGUGCUGUGUCCUGACACUUACUCUGCACCAGGUCAACCCGUGGGCCCCCAUCUUCUCCUCGGCUCGCGCCCCGGCCUGCUCUUUCCCUCCUGCAGCUCUGAUGCUUCUGCCGCGCCCUCCAGGCUUCUGUGCGUCCCUUCUUGCGUUCACAGGCCAUGCGGUGCCCACUCUGGGCUCCCUCUGGGCCGGCGGCUGGAGGGACCUC